CGGCAGCCAGCAACGUAAGCAACAAGUAGUUGGCCAUGUUCUAAACAGUUGAAGCUGUCGCGUUCAAAACGAGUGGAUCCGUUGUGUGUUCAGCAAGUGUUUUAUCGGUUUUUGACUUAGUCGGUGACCUGUGUCGGAUGUUGACUCAAAUGACAUCGCGGUAGCACACAAGUGAUGAGUGCGGCGAAAAAGUGAAACGUUACACUCAGUUUAGAAAUAAUAUUCGUGUGUUGUUAACCUUCGGCAACAGCAGCGUCGUAACUGUGUGACAAGACAACGAUGACGAGCCGCCGGAAAAAGCGCCAGCAGGAUGGCUUCAUGAAGAAGGUGUCUUCGCUCUUCAACCUAGACACGGCGCACACGCCGCUGUUGCCCGGAGAUAGCAAACACGUGAACGGCGAUGCGGAGUGGGAGUUCGAGGAGAUGGUGCUGGAGCGCGGCGGCGCGGGCCUGGGCUUCAGCAUCGCGGGCGGCACCGACAACCCGCACGUGGGCGACGACAGCGCCAUCUACAUCACCAAGCUCAUCCCGGGCGGCGCCGCCGCCGCCGACGGCCGCCUCCGCGUCGGCGACACCAUCCUCCAGGUCAACGACGUCUCCGUCGUCGACGUGCCGCACGCCGCAGCCGUCGACGCGCUCAAGCGCGCCGGCAACACCGUCCGCCUCUACGUGCGGCGGCGACGGACGGCGGGCAACGUGCGCCUGCUGGAAAUCGAGCUGGUGAAGGGCAGCAAGGGGCUGGGCUUCAGCAUCGCGGGCGGCAUCGGCAACCAGCACAUCCCGGGCGACAACGGCAUCUACGUCACCAAGAUCAUGGACGGCGGCGCCGCCCAGGUCGACGGACGGCUGCUCGUCGGCGAUAAGCUGGUCGCCGUCAAGAACACGCCGCACGGAGAAAAAAAUCUGGAAAAUGUCACCCACGAAGAGGCUGUCGCAACUCUGAAGGCCACACAAGACAGAGUGGUGCUGCUCGUGGCGAAACCAGAAAAUGCGUACCUGCCGCCCCCACCUGAUGUGUCCAAUACACCUCCACCACCUCCAUCAGAAUCACAGAUGCCAUAUUCCGAUUCUCUCAACACUCCAAUGACACUGCAGGCAUCGACGCCACGGGCUGUCAGUGAAGAAGACGUCUCUAGGGAGGUGCGCACGGUGGUGCUGAACAAGGGCGCGAGUGGCCUGGGCUUCAACAUCGUCGGCGGCGAGGACGGCGAGGGAAUCUUCGUGUCGUUCAUCCUGGCCGGCGGCCCGGCCGACCUCAGCGGCGAGCUACGGCGCGGGGACCAGAUCCUCAGCGUCAACGGCGUCAACUUGCGCAAUGCCACGCACGAGGAGGCCGCGCAGGCCCUCAAGGGUGCUGGCCAGACAGUGACUAUUGUGGCACAGUAUCGACCUGAAGAGUACAAUCGAUUCGAAGCUCGGAUCCAUGACCUCAAACAUCAGAUGUCCCAGCAGAUUAUGUCUGGCACACUCAUGAGGACAUCACAGAAACGGUCAUUGUAUGUUCGGGCACUGUUCGAUUACGACCCCAACAAAGAUGAUGGCCUGCCCAGUAGGGGCUUGCCAUUCCAUUAUGGAGAUAUCCUGCACGUCACAAACGCGAGCGACGACGAGUGGUGGCAGGCACGCCGCGUUCUCCCUACAGGCGAGGAGGAGGGAAUGGGUAUCAUUCCAUCCAAGAGACGUUGGGAACGCAAGCAACGAGCCAGAGAUCGUACUGUCAAGUUCCAGGGACAUGUUCCAGGGGGACCAGGCUCUGACAAGCAGUCGACACUAGACAGAAAAAAGAAGAACUUCUCCUUCAGUAGAAAGUUCCCAUUUAUGAAGAGUAAAGAUGACAAGUCAGAGGAUGGUUCAGAUCAAGAACCUUCUCCAACCACUCCCAACAACGAGGGUGAUCCUAAUAACAUGCCAUUCAUGCUGUGCUACACUCAAGAUGACACUCACACAGAAGGAGGAGAAGAAUCUGUGCUGUCGUACGAGCCAGUACAACAGCUUCAGAUACAGUACACGAGGCCUGUUAUUAUACUUGGUCCACUGAAAGACAGAGUGAACGAUGAUCUGAUUUCAGAAUUCCCUGAUAAGUUUGGCAGCUGUGUGCCUCACACGACAAGACCCAAACGAGAAUAUGAAGUGGAUGGAAGGGACUAUCACUUUGUGGCAUCUAGAGAACAAAUGGAACGUGACAUCCAAAACCAUUUAUUCAUAGAAGCUGGACAAUACAAUGAUAAUCUCUAUGGCACAUCAGUUGCCUCCGUGAAAGAAGUUGCUGAAAAGGGAAAGCACUGCAUCCUGGAUGUAAGUGGAAAUGCAAUCAAGAGGUUACAAGUUGCUCAGCUCUUCCCCAUUGCCAUUUUCAUUAAACCAAAGUCCGUGGAAUCCAUCAUGGAGAUGAAUAAGAGGAUGACAGAAGAACAAGCCAAGAAAACAUAUGAGCGUGCAAUGAAAAUGGAACAAGAGUUUGGAGAGUAUUUUACAGCUGUAGUCCAGGGUGACACUCCUGAGGACAUAUACAUGAAGGUGAAGGAAGUGAUUGAGGAGCAGUCCGGACCGAGCAUCUGGGUUCCAUCGAAGGACCAACUGUGACGGUCUGCGUGGACCAUGCCCGCCCGCCGCUAGAUGCGGCUGGCCCGCGUGGCGUAGUGUCUGAAGAGACCGUGGCCUGUCCACAUGCCCAAACACACAAACACAAUGCGACGGAGUGUUCCGUAGUGAUGUCCCACGAUCCGAUGUGUCGCAAGGAGAUUUGCGUGUUAUUAUCAGUUUUGUGUAGAGCUUGUUGUUUGUUCUUGUAUCACUUAACUUGUUAUGUGAUUGUGCAAUUUGUGUGUCAAAGAUCCUUUUCAAUUUUAACACAUGGAAUCUGACUAACCACAAAAUAGAGUAAUAAUCUGAUCUGAAAUGUACACCGAGUCCUCGUUAUUCGGAGUUUUGAGGCUUUGAUUUGUAACUCGCAUUGUAUUGGCAAUAAAAUUUUAUUCGAGGUAGGUGGUGUCGAAGGCAGUGUUCGACUGUAUGCUGGCUUGCUCUGGACAGAAGCUCUGAUAUUAGUGGAACUCGUGUUAUUAGACUGUGGAUGGCUCAUCUGAUAACAGAUUGUGUUUCCGGUUCUGCUAGAUGCUGCGCAGUGGUGGUGAUCUGUGGGAGUGGUCUGGGAGCUGAGCACGAGGCAGUGAUUUGGGAUAAUAUGGCCGAAUUGAAAUAGUUGUUUUUAAGAAUAUGACGAUGCCCAAGUUUCUAAAGUUUCACCCUGUGUGUUGUGAAGCAAGUUAAAUUAUUUUUCAGGCAGAACUUGAACUGUGUAUAGUGUGAAAUCUUCAUCGGACUGUGUACAGUCGUGGGGUUAAAAAGACUCAGUUUUUGUAAAUGACUGACAAUUUGGAAAGUGUCUUUGCUGGCACUCUAGAGAUCUGAUUUUUACUAAACAAUACAGAAAUCUCAGUUACUGCAUAUUAUUUCCCUCUGUGUAAAGUGUGUUGCAUUAAAUGGAGAGAAUAUAGGUAAAAAGGUAGUACUCACCAGAAUGAGGGUUCACAGUUGAGCCAAAAACAUGAAAAAGUGGAUGCUGUAACACUAGCAUUUGGAAUGAGAGGAGUUACAAAGUGGGAGAAAAUAAAAGGUGUAGGGAAAUGAAUGAAAGGAGGUGGCUUUAUCCAGUCUUUCCAUUAAAUAGCAGGUCAUGGAUAAAGCAGUUAAGGAAUGAAGUAGUAUAUGAUGAGAAGAGGCAUUUUGGGACAGGAGAAAUGCUACAGAAUGGAAAGAGAGAGUAAAAAGUCAAGGUAAAAUUAGGAUACAAACAGGAGAUAGAACCAUGAGGAAAGGGUAGACAGCUUGCAGAAACAAUAUGAUGGACAAAGGUGUCUGUGCAAUUGCAGGCCUUGAGGAUUCAGUCAGUAAAAUUGGCACCUUGAUCUGUUUAGAUGCAUUGCAGAGCUCCUGCUGAAAUAACGUAUUUAUUGUACCUGUGCCUAUUUAUGCUAUGGGUUUUACUGUUAGUGACACUGCUUGCAUCUGUUGCGGCAGGUAACAUGAAUGGCUUUUAAGAUGUGCAUGGGUAGUGUGCAAACAUCUCAUCUAUCAAUCAUUGUGGAAGACAUGACAUGAGAAAGUGGUCAUAAAGACAUAGGUUUUAUAACUGCAAAGAAAGAGCAGGAAUUGGAAAUUGAUGAGGCAUAAGAAUGCCACCUGACUGUUCAUUCAUUUACCAUUUACACUCAAGAUAUUCUCUUUCUGCUCUCUUACACACGACUCAGUCCUCC